UUCCGAACAGUGCUGAUCGCCGAGCUAUAUACAUCGCCCGUCGCUUAUUUUUUUUUUUUUCAAAUUUCGAGCGCAAAUAUUUUUGUUUUCCCAUUCAACCGAACAGAAAACAGAAUUUAUAGCCCGACGAGUUAUUCACCUACAGGAUGCCAAGAUGAGGUCGCCGUCGUUCACAAGCAGCAACCUCGUCUGGUCCGCCAACUCAGUCAGGUCGACCAAAAUGGUUCGAAAGUCAGCGGGAACUGCCGCCGGUGCGCGCUGGUCUUUGGCCUUGCUCACGAUGGUCAUCGUUCACGUUCAAGUCACUGCGGCCAGUUGGUGGUUAUUAGGAACUCCUAGCGUGUACCAAAGUACCUUGGAACUGACACCAACCAGCUACAAGGACCACUGCAAGCGACUUUAUUACCUGGUUGAGAAGCAGCGCGAACUCUGUGGGCUUUCGCAGAACGUCUUAUCGACAAUUAGCUUAGGAGCCAAAAUGGGCAUCAGCGAGUGUCAGAGCCAAUUCCGGUCUCAGCGUUGGAAUUGUUCCACCUUUGACGAGUCCACAACCGUCUUCGGAGGCGUCUUAUCAAUUAGAAGUCGAGAGAGGGCCUACGUGUACGCCAUCAGCUCCGCCGGUGCUGCCUAUGCUGUGACGCGGGCUUGUUCGCGCGGAGAAAUUACUGAAUGCGGUUGCGACGGCAAGAUACGCCAGAAACCCUCGAAAGGCUUCGAAUGGGGCGGCUGCUCAGAGGACAUCACGUUUGGAGAAAGGUUCAGCAAAGAAUUUGUGGACGCUCGGGAAGACAACCAGCAAGCUGAAGGCCUCAUGAACCUGCAUAACAACGAGGCUGGAAGAAGGGCUAUUCGGAGUCGAAUGGAGCUGGUGUGCAAGUGUCACGGUGUCUCUGGAUCUUGCUCCAUGAAAGUUUGUUGGCGCAAAAUGGCGGCAUUCUCGGAGAUCGGGGCUGCUUUGAUGGAGCGCUUUGAAGGGGCUUUCCAGAUGACUUACCGUGGUGGCGGCAUGGCCACUACUAGCCAGGCCGGCAUUAGCCCCAGCAGCAGCAGCGUCGGCGUCGCCAAGAAACUCAAGAAAAAAUUACUCGUCGUCGACAAGAACAUGAAAAAGCCGACCAAAAAGGAUUUAGUCUACUUGGAUGACUCGCCAGACUACUGCGAGCGCAACCAAACGUUAGGCGUGCUAGGUACAAAGAGCCGAAUUUGCAACAAGACUAGCAAAGCCAUCGAUGGUUGUAGCCUAUUGUGCUGUGGCCGGGGUUACCAAACGCGCUGGAUCGACCUGGAAGAAAAAUGCAACUGUCGAUUCGUUUGGUGCUGCCACGUCCAGUGUGAAAUUUGCAAACAACGCAAAGAACUCCAUCUCUGCAACUGAUCUGAGGUGGUGAGCCUAUGAAAUAAGCGACAAGGGAUGCAGGCCUAAAUCAAUUGGGAAAUUUGCAUCAAAGGUGGACAAUUGCUUGCCCGCCUAUCUGUACUAUCUACAAAACUAUUGUGACGAAACACGACGAGCCACCUGACAUUUGACACACUCUUCUGGAAUGAGUAUUAUUACAUCUAUAUAACACUUCUGUUUCAUGCGGUCCCCGUUUUUCCAUAUUUCGAAUUUCAAAAUACCAGUAACACAUUUAUGACGGUACUUGUACGGACGAUUUGCUACGUACAUGACAAGAGCCAAGCUCAAUAGCAGACCGAAAGGUCGCAACAGGCGA